AUGGGGAAGUCCGGCGCAAUCGGCUCAAGCGGCUCAGUGCCCCAAAGGUUUCCAAUAGGCGUCCAAAGGAUCCUAGAGGUCAUUUUUACAUAUCGGAUUAUAAAGGCUGCUGAAACUGUCGAUGGAGAUGGUAUUGAUGAAGAGAUUGAAGACGAGAGCGAGGUUGAGAACGAGACUGGAGAUGAAGACAACGAGAACAUUGACCAAGACGAGAUUGAGAUUGGCCAAGAACCUUAUUUCCAACUCAUCAAUGAAAACAUCAAUAUGGGUCAUCAAGAAGGCGAUAAUGUUGAUGGUAUUAGUACACGAGAUGAAGAGUACACGAUUGUCAGCGAUGAUGAAGAUGAUACAUCCGCAUCUUCCCUUCGGGCAAAUAUGCCCACACCGGGGACAAAUUCUCCAAUCGAUACCCUCGAUGACUCAGAACAUAGGACUCCAGUUGGGCCUACUAGAGAAGCAAAUACAGUGGAUGACGGUAGUCUUACAAUAACGGAUCUUCUUCAGGAUGAGGCGCAGAGACAAGAUGUGGACCAGACGCCACCGUCAUCCCCGGACAUAUAUUCUACCGUUCGCUCAUUCGUCGAUUCAGAAGAACCACAGCUUGAAUAUGUUGCCAAACAGCUUGAAAAUGCUACCAAACGGUUUGAAAAUAGACAAAAACGAUUUGAAGACGCGAAAUCGAUUCUAACUGGUCUUGCUGAGUUAGAAAGGGAAGAUGCAGUCAAAACAAACAAUAUUAAAGAGAUUGAUGACAAUCUUAGCAAUAGAAAAGCUGAAUGGGAUAAUUCUCAACCUACUCCAACAUCUAUUGGAGACACAUCUCUCGAAGAGUAUAUGUCUAGAGCAAAGUCAUUCUUUUUGGGCGUGGAAGAAGGGAAAACAAAGCGUCAGGCAGAGGAGAGUGGGCUUGCGGAAAACAAAAAUAAGAGAGCGAAACUGAAGGCUGAGUUCAAAGAGCUCCAGGCUACUGCAGCAAACAGAGAGCCCUCUUUACCGAUACGCUCUCUGGAAUCAUUUUAA